CUCAUCUCAUCAUGGCUGUCAGUAUAAAUUUGAUCGUUGAAUCAUGAACUUCCCUUCGUUUAAAUCGACAUAUAAAAACCCAUUUUUCGCAUUUCCUCAAUUAAAACGCGUCCAACUGUCGCCCAGAAGGUACAAAAUGCGCAUAUCCAUCAAGUGAGCCCCCAUCAACCCCCAAAAGCAUUCGGGCCGAGAUUCUUCCAUAUGUUCGCAUUAACCCCAAUAGAAAUCGAUUAUGACGUCGAGCAGGUUGGACAGGCUGUUCGUGCUGUUGGAGACUGGCAGCUCAGCAGUCACUCGAUCGGCAGCAGCCAAACAACUAGGGGAAGUCCAGAAGCUGCACCCCCAUGAGUUGAACACGUUACUGACGAGGACGGCGACAUACCUCAGGUCCACGAACUGGGAGACGAGAAUCGCGGCGGCGGAGGCCGUCAGGGCCAUCGUGAGCAACGUGCCCCAGUGGGAGCCCCAGGUGGCUGAGGCGGCCAACAGCGAUGACGCCCAAAGCCCCUCUCUUUCCUCCGUCGGGCGCCUCCGUUUCAGCCAGUUCGACAUUGCCAAAGUCCUCAAGAACAGCACCCACCUGAUGGCCUCCGAAGGCAAAGAGUUCGAUUUAGAAGAAGACGCAUCGUCGGCCGACAUCCGCGAAAAGAUGGCGAAACAGCGUCAGAUCCUCAACGCCAGGUUGGGUCUAGACGUGGCCGCCCAGAUCGGCAUCGACACCUCCAACUUGUUCACCAACGAAGACUUGAUGGUGCCGCGUGUAAAACAAGAAAAUUCCGACCGAAACAACGAAGCCGCAAGAAAACCGCUGCGCGACCUCAUUUCCAGCGUGAGCGAAGGUCUGAGUUCCAGAGAGAUGAACCGAGCGAAGAGGAAAGCGCGCCAGGCUGUUUACAAACAGAGGUCGCGCGAACCGGAGGAAACCACCAGUAACGGGGAGGAGCCCGAAAGAAAGAAGUUAAAGGUGGAAGUCAAAGAAGAAAGUAAUACGAGUAUGGAUGCCCCUGACGUCGACAUCUCCGACGCCACCGAUUGGCCGCUGGAGUGGUUCUGCGACCAGCUAAGUCAAGACUUGUUUAGCUCGAGCUGGGAGACGCGCCACGGUGCCGCCACCGCCCUCCGCGAAAUCAUCACCGUCCACGGUCGAGGGGCCGGCAAAACCGCCCACUCCACCGCCACACAAAUCGACGAAAACCACCAAAUCUGGCUGGAGGACAUCGCCAUAAGACUCCUCUGCGUGUUAGCGCUGGACCGCUUCGGCGACUUUGUUUCGGACGCGGUGGUGGCGCCCGUGCGCGAAACCUGCGCACAGUCCCUCUGCGCAGUCCUCAAACUCAUGAAGGAAGACGGGUGUAGAGGCGCCCUCGGCAUCCUUUUACAAUUGCUCAACCACCAGGAAUGGGAAGCGCGUCAUGGUGGUCUAUUAGGGUUGAAAUAUCUUCUGGCGGUACGAGAAGACAUGGUGAACGCCCUCCUGCCCGAAGCAUUCCCCUACAUCUUACUAGGCUUGUCGGAUAACGUGGACGACGUGGCGGCGGUAGCCGCCUCCGCUCUGAUCCCGGUGACGGCGAAACUAGUGCAACUCGUCCCGUACGACGUCCCCGUAGUCGUAACAAAACUGUGGGACUUGUUAGCGGAACAGGACGAGCUCGCCGCCGCUUGUAAUAGCUUCAUGGGGUUGUUGGCGGCGAUUUUGAACCUACCGGCGGCGCAGACGUUGUUGCCUCCGCAGCCGCUGAACGACGUGGUGCCGAGAUUGUGGCCGUUUUUGAGCCACAGCGCGUCGUCUGUGCGUAAAGCCACUUUACAGACUUUGGGGACUCUGACGGAGAGGGAGAGCGACGGAGGGGCUAUCAAGUGGGAGGCGCAACUACUCCAGGACGCCAUGAGGCACGUUUACCAAAGGGUGUUGGUAGAGCCGCAAGCGGAGGUUCGAGCGGUGGCGGAGAAAGUCUGGGAGCAACUAGUCCAGAACUCGGGACUAGUGGAAUUGUUGCAUGCCGCCUGCCCCUUCAUCACCGUGUGGUUGUUCUUGAGCAUGCAGCCGACGCGGGUGCCCUUCGACCCGAACUUCCUCAUCCACGCGAAGACGCAGCGCAAGAAGAACGCCAACGACGGGUUGAAUAGUUUUGACAACGCGGUGGCCAUGCCGAAGUGUUACUUAGGGGGGUCGGAGACCACUCCGGUGGCGACGCGCGAAAGCAACUCGGUUCAAGUUAGAUGCAUGUGCGCGCGCAUGCUGGGCUUGCUGUCGUGUUACAUCAUCAAGCCCGCCCCCGGGAUCGACUAUAGCGGGAACAUAGAGAAGCCGGUGGAGUGUUACGAGAAGGUUCUUCUCGUCCACUUGAACUCCAAGUCGGCGUUGCAGAGGAUGAUGGCCGGGUUGGUCAUUGCCGAAUGGGCCGAAAGGGACCGAGAGACCGAGGUCUGUCCCGACGGUCUCAAACAGCGCAUCCACGCCUGUUUGAACGAACGAGUUUAUUUUGACGAGAUCGCAGUGAGUUUUACCCGGCUGACGCAGGAGACGAGGGAUUUUAUGGCGACACUUAAACACUACAAGGUUCCUAUAAACUGCGAAAACGACAGCGUUUUCACGUUGGAACGUAUCCAAGAACUGACCGGCCAACAAACUCAGGAAAUUCUAGUCAAAAUCAAACUUAAAUCCAAAGUCCAAGAAAGUCUGGAAGAACGGAGACGCAGCAUCCAGAACUCGGUGAUCCAAACCAGCAACGACCAGCUGGUGUUGAGCGUCAGCACGUUAGCCGCUUUGGCGGGAGCGGCGGUCAUGUUUCGAGCCCUCCCCGAGAAGCUAACACCUCUAGCCAAACCCCUAAUGGAAUCGGUGCGGAGAGAGAACGACGAGAAUCUACAAAGAACCACGGCGAAGCACUUGGCCAAGUUGUUGGACCAGUGCAGAGGCCGAACCCCGUGCCCCAACGACAAAAUUUUGAUAAAUUUGUGCACGUUCUUGCGCGGCGACCCCGAAUUCACCCCCGUCAUACACAAACAACAAGGGGAGAAUAGCAGCAAAGCGGAACUGGUUUGGGGCCGACCCGGAAACUAUAACGGGAUAGUCACACUCAACAACCAACAGAGAAACGCGGAGAAGGCGGCGUUCAGGCGCUCGAACUCCACAGGUAGAGGACCGGGGAGGCCACCAGCUACCGAUAUCCCGCUCGACGAACUAUUCAAGGAAGAAGACGAAGCGCAGAAGAUCAAUCGAGUGCAACGGCGAGGCUCCACGUUAGGUUUGAUCGAAAUCACGAGUUUCUUCGGGGAGGAGCUUCCGGAGAAAAUCCCGAAGUUGUGGGAGUUGAUGGUGGGGCAGCUCGUCGAGACGAUUGAGCCCGAGACUUUCGAUGCGGCUAAGUGGUACGAGAAAGACGAUGACUCGGAGAAGUUAGUGUGGGCUUUGCAAGUCCUGGAGGUGACUUCGUCGAGUCUCCACCCCAACCUCAGGCCGACUCUUAUGGAGAAGUCUUUGAAGCGUCUGUGCGUUUUGUUGUCUCAUCCGUACCGCGCUGUGCGUCAUUUGGCUUCUCGGUGUCUCGCGGUGUUCGCUAAGCUCGACUCGGUCACCGUCAUGGAGAUGAUUGUUCAUUUGGUGUUGCCGAAACUGGGGGCUAUUGAUUGCGAUAUUGACCGGCAGGGGGCGGUGGAAGCCAUCGCUUGUAUUAUCGAGACGCUACAGUUCGAUAUUAUACCGUACGUGGUUUUGCUAGUUGUGCCAUUGUUGGGACGGAUGUCUGACCAAAAUAUGUGUGUGAGGUUGAUGGGGACGCACAGUUUCGCCACUUUGGUGCAACUGAUGCCUUUGGAUGGGGGGGUUCCCGAACCGCCGGCUCUUCAAGGGAGCACUCUUAGUGAAAAGCGGGAGCGCGAAAGAGAGUUCUUGCAACAAUUACUGUCCCCGAACUCCAUCCCGGACUACGACGUACCAGUUCCGAUUGCCGCAGAACUACGAAGUUACCAACAGGCGGGUAUCAACUGGUUGGCGUUUCUGAACAAGUAUAAACUUCACGGGAUACUGUGUGACGACAUGGGUUUAGGGAAGACCAUUCAGAGCAUUUGUAUGUUAGCGGGCGAUCACUAUUACCGUGAACAGAAGUACAAAGAGACCAAAUCUGCAGAUUGUGCGCCUUUACCGUCGCUCGUCAUUUGUCCGCCGACUCUGACAGGUCAUUGGGUUUACGAAGUAGAAAAAUUCCUUUCCAAUAAAUACUUGAAACCUCUACAAUACAACGGCUCUCCUACCGAACGCGAGAAAUUGCGACACAAAUUCAAACGUCAUAACUUAAUCGUGGCUUCGUACGACAUAGUCCGUAAAGACAUCGGCGUAUUCUCUAACAUCAAGUGGAACUACAUAAUUCUGGACGAGGGACACGUUAUCAAAAACGGGAAAACUCGCACUAGUAUGGCCAUUAAAAACCUCGUCGCGAAUUACAGACUGAUUUUAAGCGGUACCCCGAUCCAGAACAACGUCCUCGAGUUGUGGAGUUUGUUCGAUUUCCUCAUGCCGGGUUUCCUCGGGACGGAAAAACAAUUCACGGCGCGCUACUCCCGCCCGAUUUUGGCAAGUCGCGACCCUAAAUCCUUACCCAAGGAACAGGAAGCCGGAGCACUGGCCAUGGAAGCUCUGCACAGACAAGUUCUUCCCUUCUUGCUGCGACGGGUCAAAGAGGACGUAUUAGACGAUCUUCCCCCGAAGAUCACGCAAGAUUACUACUGCGAGUUGAGUCCUCUGCAGGAGCGCCUGUACGAAGACUUCUCCAAAUCGCAAGCCCACCAAACCCUGCAGGAGUCGAUCUCGUCGGGAGCCACGGCGAGCUCGAUGCAAGGCAACACCCACAUAUUCCAAGCCUUGCGGUACUUGCAGAACGUGUGCAACCACCCGAAGUUGGUACUGAACGCGUCGCAUCCACAGUACGCCAGCAUCCUGGGGGAUUUGCAGCAGCAGGACUCCAAGUUGGACGACAUCAGCCACUCGGCGAAGCUGCCGGCUUUGAAGCAAUUGCUGCAGGACUGCGGCAUCGGGGUGACCGAGCCCCAAUCCACCGAGCUGGUCAUCAACCAGCACCGAGCCCUCGUUUUCUGUCAGCUUAAAGCCAUGCUGGACAUCAUCGAGAAGGACUUGUUUAAGAAGCACAUGCCAGGCGUCACCUACCUCAGACUCGACGGGUCUGUGCCCCCUAGUCAGCGACAUUCCGUCGUGACGCGCUUCAACAACGAUCCAUCAAUCGACGUCUUGUUGUUGACGACGCAAGUCGGCGGUUUGGGGUUGAACUUGACCGGAGCCGACACGGUGAUUUUCGUCGAGCACGACUGGAACCCGAUGAAAGACUUACAGGCCAUGGAUCGGGCGCACCGCAUAGGGCAGAGGAAAGUCGUCAACGUGUACAGACUGAUCACCAGGGCUACCCUGGAAGAAAAAAUCAUGGGUUUGCAGAAAUUCAAAGUUCAGACCGUGAAUACCAUAAUCAGCGGGAACAACAGCAAACUGGAGACGAUGGGCACCGACCAAUUGUUGGAUUUGUUUUCGCACAAGCCGUCCGCCGGGAGCGGCAACAGUUCGGACGGAGCAGGCGGAAGCGUGAAGACUAUUUUGGAAACACUGCCGGAACUGUGGGACCAGAAACAAUACGACGACGAAUACGACUUGUCGCAGUUCAUUUCCAAGCUGAAUUGAAGAGGAGGGAAGGUAAGAGGGCGAAAAUCGAUGUCGAAGGGUCCCGUUUCCCGUCCCGAUUCCGCUGACCCUUUGCCCUAGAGAGCGUGUCACGGACGUGCCGAAUCGGGUCACCGUGGGCUAAGGUCGCUCCUCUUCCGAAAUGGGUCAGGGCGCGGAGCGUCCCGUCAGCUGAUCCGUUUCGGAAACGAGGUCGGCCGGGGUUCGACCCAAUUCUACCUGGCGCAAGUCGGUCAAAAGUGCGGAGGAAACCGAGUGACGGCACAUCCUUGACCCGAUUCCCGGUCGAUCGAUUCACAACAGGUAGCGAUCUUGUUGCAGGUCUGACUCGAAUGGAGAGAUUCUGCCAAUUUUAUGAUUGACGUAACAACCAAAGAUUUAUUUAAGGAGUUGCCGGUGACAUUUGCUGAUCAUUCAUUGAGUUAAUUUAUAUCAUCCAUUGCUGUAGCGUUGGUUCUUCUAAGUGUGAUUCGCGUAGGUUGUAUUGUUAGGUUGUGUGUAGACUCUGUAUUGUACUCUGAUGAAAUAGCAAUAAAGUGUUUUCGAUAAA